CGAGCGCUCUCGUAUCCUCGCGCGCCCAAGCACAAUCUCUCACCAUUCGGCUAUCUCAUCGACAGGGAAAGGCCAGACGAACGACUCCCUCGCCCUUCGAAAGAUGUCUAACAACCGCGUCAACACCGCUGUGCCAGACUCGUACGAGUACUUCCCGCUCAAUGUUCCGGCUAUUGGGACGUUCAAUGCGCAGGACGGCUCGCCUUGCCCGAAAUUGUUCGAGCCGCUCACGCUGAAAGGCGUCACAUUCAACAACCGUAUCUUUGUCUCGCCGAUGUGCCAGUAUAGCUCGGACAACGGGCAUGCGACCGACUGGCAUUUCGUUCAUGUCGGAGGCUUUGCCACCAGAGGUGUCGGCGCUAUCAUCAUGGAGGCCACUGCGGUCGUCCCUGAAGGGCGUAUCUCGCCCGAAGAUGCGGGCCUCUGGACGGACUCGCAAAUCGCGCCGCUGAAGAGGAUUGUCGAUUUUGCUCAUUCGCAGGGUGCGAAGAUUGGUAUUCAGCUGGGACACGCGGGCCGCAAGGCGUCUACUCUCGCGCCCUGGAUUGCCAGGCGCGCGGGAAAAGGCACGCCGAUGGCAGCUGGCGCAAAUGAGAACGGAUGGCCCGACGAUGUCGUCGCGCCCUCCGCUAUCCCCUACGCUGACGGGUACCCGCACCCCAAGGAGAUCACCGAGCAGGAGAUGCAGCGCGUCGAGGACGCCUUCGUCGCCGCCAUCGCCCGCGCCCAGCAGGUCGGCUACGACUUCAUCGAGAUCCACGCCGCGCACGGCUACCUGCUCUCCACCUUCUGCUCGCCCCUCGCGAACGUGCGCACCGACCAGUGGGGCGGGCAGCCCCUCGAGAACCGCCUGCGCUACCCGCUGCGCGUCGCCAAAGCGUGCCGCGAGGCGUGGGCGGACAAGCCGCUCUUCGUGAGGGUGACGGCGACGGAUUGGGCGGCGGGGCCGGAGAAGGACGAGGCUGGGAUGUGGCUGCAGUGGGGCCCGGAGCAGACUGCAAUUUACGCAGGGGAGUUGAUGAAGCUGGGCGUGGAUCUGGUGGACUGUUCGUCUGGAGGGAAUUAUUCGAAGCAGGUCAUUCCGCCUGUUGUGCAUGGGUAUCAGGUCCCCUACGCCGAAAUCAUUAAAAAGGCCAACCCCGGUCUCGUCGUGGCUACUGUCGGCAACAUUUACGACCCCAAGAUCGCCGAGUCGUACCUACAAGACGGGAAGGCGGAUGUGAUACUCCUUGCGCGCGAGCUCCUUCGCCACCCGCACUGGGCUAUCACCGCCGGCAAGGAGCUCGUCCCGCAUGGCCUCCCCGUCAAGCCAGCCAACCAGUACGAGCGCGGCUUCAUCUAAGUGCAUCAAAUGGAUCUGUACAAUAAAUAGCAAGAGAAUUGACUGCAUGUUUGUACUAGGGAAAAUAUCUGACACCGUUACUUUGCAUUUCACUCACAAUGAGCAUGUCUUGCAAUUGUGUACAAGC